AUGACAUCCGAUAGGACGAAAAUUUGUGAAGAGGAGGUUUUGACUUUUCACGUGGAAGAACAUUCUAGAAUUUGUGCGAUUGCUGAUUGUUGCGAUCAGACAAGUAUAAGUGUAGAUGAAGGGCUUGUAAGGGUUGCUGAAACCCUAGAGAAGUUAAUGGAGUUGAUUUCACAAAAGGAUAAUAGAAGUCCAGAUGCUGCUAAACCAAGUUCAAGUGUUACCAAAGACUGUGAUUUCAUGUCUCCUAAGCUUAGUGAUUGGUCAUGUAGAGGUUCAGAAGACAUGCUUGAUUGUUUUCCUGAUCAAGGCGAUAAUUCUGUAUUAAUGGAUGAUCUUAAAGCUCACCCCUCUAUGUCAUGUAGGACCCACUUUGGUCCUAAAUCUGACCAAGGAAUGACCACAUCAUCUGCUAGCAGCAUGACUCCUAGGUCGCCAUUGAUGACACCAGAAACCAGCCAGAUAGACUUGUUAUUGGCAGGGAAGGGUGCCUAUUAUGAACAUGAUGACCUUCCAUAG